AUGGAUUCGUUACCGCUGUUGCUCCUCGAACAAAUUUCUGAAGACUUGGAACGCGCAGAUCUCGAGUCAUUGCGUCUCGUUAAUAAGUUCUUCGCCGCGAUAUAUGCCGAGGAUCUGUUCACCGAACUUCACUUCACAGGAGAACCACAGAAGGCUAGGGAAGGAUAUGCUGGCCGCACCCGUUCUGCCCAAUGUGCCAAUUUGGACAAAGCAGUAGUGGAUAUACUUCCGAUUGCUUGUUAUGUAGGAAGUUUUAUUUCGCGCCGUCAAUCGGUCUCACAGCAUCGGGAGAAACCAGGAGUACCAUGGAUGUUGAAGAGGCCGUAUGGCAUGACAAUAUUGGCGCGCCAGACAGCAACAGUUACAAUGUCCGAGAGCUAA